UCUUCUUCUCGAUGCUAGCGCGCCUAGUGGCAGAAUUUUGAAGCGACUCGCAAAGCGACGCCGGUUUCCUCCUUUCCCCUCACCGUCAGAUCGUCCACUUCUUUCCGGUCGUCGAGUCGCGAUGUCGCACCGUAAAUUCAGCGCGCCCCGACAUGGGUCCAUGGGCUUCUACCCAAAGAAGCGCGCUGCCCGUCACCGCGGCAAGGUAAAGGCUUUCCCGAAGGAUGACCCCUCCAAGCCUGUCCACCUUACGGCCUUCAUCGGCUACAAGGCUGGUAUGACCCACGUCGUGCGAGAGGCUGACCGACCUGGUUCAAAACUUAACAAGAAAGAGAUUGUGGAGGCUGUCACAAUCCUUGAAACUCCCCCCAUGGUGGUUGUUGGAAUCGUGGGUUACCUCGAUACUCCCUAUGGCAUGCGAGCCCUCAACUCUGUCUGGGCUGAGCAUCUUUCAGAAGACUGCCGUCGUAGAUUCUACAAGAACUGGUACAAGUCAAAGAAGAAGGCCUUCACCAAGUCUGCCAAGAAGUGGCAGGAUGAUCUUGGCCGCAAGUCCAUUGACAAGACUUUGAAGAGGAUGGCUCGCUACUGCAAAGUCAUCAGGGUCAUUUGCCACACUCAGAUGAAGCUCCUGAGGCACCACCAGAAGAAGGCUCACAUUAUGGAGAUCCAGCUUAACGGUGGCACUGUUGCUGACAAGAUCGCAUGGGCUCGUGAACACCUGGAAAAGCCCAUCCCAGUUUCCAACGUCUUCUCUCCUGAUGAGAUGAUUGACACCAUUGGUGUUACCAAGGGUCAUGGAGUGAAGGGUGUCACCUCCCGUUGGCACACCAAGAAGCUUCCCCGCAAGACUCACAAGGGUCUGCGUAAGGUUGCUUGUAUUGGUGCUUGGCAUCCCAGCAGAGUCUCGUUCACAGUGGCCCGUGCCGGUCAGAAGGGUUACCACCACAGAACUGAGAUGAACAAGAAGAUUUACAGGAUUGGCCAGGGUGUUCACGUCAAGGAUGGCAAGGUUGUUAAGAACAAUGCCUCCACUGAGUAUGAUUUAACUGAGAAGUCCAUCACACCCAUGGGUGGUUUCCCUCACUAUGGUGAAGUUAACAAUGACUUCCUCAUGGUCAAGGGGUGUGUUGUUGGUUCCAAGAAGCGUGUUAUCACCCUCAGGAAGUCCCUGAUUGUCCACACCAAGAGGGUUGCUCUGGAGAAGAUCAACCUCAAGUUCAUCGACACCUCAUCCAAGUUUGGCCACGGUCGCUUCCAGACGUCUGCUGAUAAGGCUGCCUUCAUGGGUCCCAGGAAGAAGGACCGUGUCAAGGAAGAAGAGGCUGCUGCUGCUGCCCAGGCUACUGCUUGAGUGUGUGUGGGUGUUAAAUAAAAAAUAUUAAAAUUGUUA